AUGCACGUCCGCACCUUUGAAAUUCUGCUCACAGAGGGCAAAAGAUGUAGGGACAUGGAGAUUGGGCCCCGACAAGCACUUGGCAUUGAUGGGGCCACUGAGCGAAAGUCAAGUUCCCAUUAUGUCAUCUCCCUAAAAGCUUUUAACAAUGCAGGAGAAGGAGUUCCUCUUUAUGAAAGUGCUACCACCCGAUCUAUCACAGAUCCCACUGACCCAGUUGAUUAUUAUCCUUUGCUUGAUGACUUCCCCACCUCGGUCCCAGAUGUCUCCACCCCCAUGCUCCCACCAGUAGGUGUACAGGCUGUGGCUCUUACCCAUGAUGCCGUGAGGGUCAGCUGGGCAGACAACUCUGUCCCUAAGAACCAAAAAACGUCCGAAGUGCGACUUUACACUGUCCGGUGGAGGACCAGCUUUUCUGCGAACGCGAAAUACAAGUCAGAAGACACAACGUCUCUGAGUUACACAGCAACGGGCCUCAAACCAAACACAAUGUAUGAGUUCUCAGUCAUGGUCACGAAAAACAGAAGGUCCAGCACCUGGAGCAUGACUGCACACGCCACCACGUAUGAGGCAGCCCCGACCUCUGCUCCAAAGGAUUUGACAGUCAUUACUCGAGAAGGGAAGCCUCGCACUGUCAUCGUGAGCUGGCAGCCUCCUUUGGAAGCCAAUGGGAAAAUUACUGCUUACAUCUUGUUUUACACCUUGGACAAGAACAUUCCAAUUGAUGACUGGAUUAUGGAAACAAUCAGUGGUGAUCGGCUUACUCAUCAAAUCAUGGAUCUCAACCUGGACACUGUGUAUUACUUUCGAAUUCAAGCACGAAAUGCCAAAGGAGUGGGGCCUCUCUCGGAUCCCAUCCUCUUCAGGACUCUGAAAGUGGAACACCCUGACAAAAUGGCUAAUGACCAAGGUCGCCAUGGAGAUGGAAGUUAUUGGCCAGUUGAUACGAAUUUGAUUGAUAGAAGCACUCUGAAUGAACCACCCAUUGGCAAGAUGCACCCCCCACAUGGCAGCGUCACUCCUCAGAAGAACAGCAACCUGCUGGUGAUCAUCGUGGUCACCGUUGGCAUCAUCACAGUGCUCGUGGUGGUGGCAGUGGCCGUGAUUUGCACCCGGCGUUCUUCAGCCCAGCAGAGAAAGAAACGGGCCACCCACAGCGUUGGCAAAAGGAAGGGCAGCCAGAAGGACCUCCGGCCCCCGGACCUGUGGAUCCAUCACGAAGAAAUGGAGAUGAAAAACAUCGAGAAGCCGCCAGGCACCGACCCGACGGCGAGAGACUCCCCCAUCCAGAGCUGCCAAGACCUCACGCCCGUCAGCCACAGUCAGUCAGAGACGCAGCUGGGGAGCAAAAGCACCUCUCAUUCAGGUAACUGGCCUCACUGGCGGCAGGAGAAACAUCGCACGCGGAACCCCGCCCAGAGGAGCUCUCGAAGCCCUCUUUGUGUGUGCGAGCCAGUGGUGAAAUCAUGGCUUUUUGUUUAUUGA